AUGGUUCCAGCAUUGUUCCAGCUAUUAAUAUGCAGAACUUGCAUGUUCAAGUUCAAGAAGGUACUUCCAACUACAAAAUCUGUCAAGGUUCAAGAAUCAAGCAUCCAGACUGCAACGGUGGCGGCGCAAUUCGUCCAGGGGCUCUUCCGAGUCCUUUUCUUUGUACACAUAGUCCUAACUGCCAUAUUAGUAAUCUUCCUCACCAUUCGAGGCCUCCUCUCUGUACGCAGCCACCACUUCCACCCGAAGAAGUGGUAUCCCCCACUUCUGACUGCAACAGCAUGCUCCGGAAUCGUGGCUUUCACUUGGCAAUGGAUCACCCUCUGCUACCCUUCAAGAGCCAUAAGAUCAGCGUUUUGGCUGAGCCCCUUGCUAACAUGUGCAGUUGGGAUACUACUGGUUCUAAUCGGCUCUGCUGCAAGUCUAGCAAUAGGUUCACUUGCACUUGUUUUUGCCCUCAUUCAAUCCCUUUAUGCUUGUUGGGUGAAUCCCAGAUUCAAUUAUGCCAUCAAAGUUCUAUCAGUUUCCACAGCUUUCCCGCCUGCUAAAACUACUGUUCUAGUCAUUAUCUGGAUCCUCACAAGCAUCAUCUAUUCCAGCUUCUUGGUGUCUGGCAUAGGUGGCGCCACCAUUACUGGAACUGGAAUAGAUAUCUUAUUCAUAUUGUGGAUCCUGCUAAGCCUAAUAUGGAGUAUGCAAGUGAUGAAAAACACAUUGCAGGUUACAGUUGCACGCAUCAAGUACCUAAACUUUGCAUGUGGGGCCGAUAUGGACACAAGAGUUGCUUUAAUAGACACAAUCAAACACCUGAUGAGUAGCAUAUUCUUAGGCUCCACCCUUGUCCCGAUUCUUACUGUAAUCUGGGGCUCUGCACGUGUAAUAAAUCUGGUUGCAGGGGGUACAGAUGAGUUCUUGUUCUCCUGUGCUAACUGCUAUUCUGCUUUAGCUUCAACUCUAGUGACCUAUGGGAAUAGGUGGGGUUUUGUGCAGGUUGGGGUUUACAGCAAGGGGUUUGUGCAGGCAUCGAAGGAUACAUGGGAGACAUUUAGGAGAGUACGGUUGGAAUCACUAAUUGACUCAGACCUUACAGGGUCAUUCUGUUUCUUAUCUGGGAUAGCAGGAGGUGCAAUAUGCACCCUGGUGGGAGGAACAUGGACACUUGCAGUUCAUAAGAGUUAUGCAACCGAAGUGUCAAUUUAUGCCUUCUUGAUAGGCUAUCUAAUGUGUCGGAUAGCAAUGGCGUGGCCACAAGCAUGUGUUUCUGCUUACUAUGUUGCUUAUGCAGAGAAUCCACAGAGCCUGAGGUUUGACCCAACCAUUCCAGUUCGUAUUCAAGAGCUUCAGAGAUAUGGAGCCUAACAAUCCUGGAAGCCAACUUUGACAUGGUUACUGUUACUGGACUUAUAUUGUCUCUAAAAACUUGUACUGGAUAUACCACCAAAUAUGAUUAAUUGAUACUUAAAAACAUGAGAAUUUGUCAGAGUUUAACCUUUCGGUUUAAGAAUGACAUAUACCUGUUGUUGUAAA